UGGAUAAUGGGCUGUGUGCAAUGUAAGGAUAAAGAAGCAGCGAAACUGACGGAGGAGAGGGACGGCAGCCUGAACCAGAGCUCCGGGUACCGCUAUGGCACAGACCCCACCCCUCAGCACUACCCCAGCUUCGGCGUGACCUCCAUCCCAAACUACAACAACUUCCACGCGGCUGGGGGCCAGGGACUCACCGUCUUUGGGGGUGUGAACUCUUCCUCUCACACUGGGACCCUGCGUACGAGAGGAGGGACAGGAGUGACACUCUUUGUGGCUCUUUACGACUACGAAGCACGGACAGAAGAUGACCUGAGUUUUCACAAAGGGGAAAAAUUUCAAAUAUUGAACAGCUCGGAAGGAGACUGGUGGGAAGCCCGCUCCUUGACCACGGGGGAAACUGGUUACAUUCCGAGCAACUACGUGGCUCCAGUGGACUCUAUCCAGGCCGAAGAGUGGUACUUUGGAAAACUUGGCCGAAAAGAUGCCGAGAGACAGCUCCUGUCCUUUGGAAACCCAAGAGGUACCUUUCUUAUCCGCGAGAGCGAAACCACCAAAGGUGCCUACUCCCUUUCCAUCCGGGAUUGGGAUGAUAUGAAAGGAGACCAUGUGAAACAUUAUAAAAUUCGCAAGCUUGACAAUGGUGGAUACUAUAUCACCACCCGGGCCCAGUUCGAAACCCUCCCGCAGCUUGUGCAGCAUUACUCAGAGAGAGCCGCAGGUCUCUGCUGCCGCCUGGUAGUCCCCUGUCACAAAGGGAUGCCACGGCUUACCGAUCUGUCUGUCAAAACCAAAGAUGUCUGGGAAAUCCCUCGAGAAUCACUGCAGUUGAUCAAGAGACUGGGAAAUGGGCAGUUUGGGGAAGUAUGGAUGGGUACCUGGAAUGGAAACACAAAAGUAGCCAUAAAGACUCUUAAGCCAGGCACCAUGUCUCCGGAAUCCUUCCUGGAGGAAGCACAGAUCAUGAAGAAGCUGAAGCACGACAAGCUGGUGCAGCUCUAUGCCGUUGUGUCUGAGGAACCCAUUUACAUCGUCACAGAAUACAUGAAUAAAGGAAGUUUGCUUGAUUUCUUAAAAGACGGUGAAGGCCGAGCUCUGAAAUUGCCAAAUCUUGUCGACAUGGCAGCGCAGGUUGCCGCCGGAAUGGCUUACAUCGAGCGCAUGAAUUAUAUCCACAGAGAUCUGCGGUCAGCAAACAUUCUGGUGGGGAAUGGACUCAUUUGCAAGAUUGCUGACUUCGGGUUGGCUCGCUUGAUUGAAGACAAUGAGUACACAGCAAGACAAGGUGCCAAGUUUCCCAUUAAGUGGACAGCCCCUGAAGCAGCCCUGUAUGGAAGGUUCACAAUCAAGUCUGACGUGUGGUCUUUUGGAAUCUUACUCACAGAGCUGGUCACCAAAGGAAGAGUGCCCUACCCAGGUAUGAACAACCGGGAGGUGCUGGAGCAGGUGGAGAGGGGCUACAGGAUGCCCUGCCCACAGGACUGCCCCAUCUCCCUGCACGAGCUCAUGAUCCAUUGCUGGAAGAAGGAUCCGGAAGAGCGCCCCACUUUUGAGUACUUGCAGGGCUUCCUGGAGGACUACUUUACGGCCACAGAGCCCCAGUACCAGCCAGGGGAAAACCUGUGAGAACCCGCUCUUCGGAGACCUCUCGCCAGAGGCCUCCCCACCCCUCCCCAUUAGCUUCCAAUUCCGUAGCCAGCUGCCCCCAGCGAGCAGCGAGAACCGUCCAGGAUCAGAUUGCAUGUGACUGAAGCUGACGACCUUCCACGGCCCUCAUUAAUGACACUUUUGUCCCCAAUCCGAACCUCCUCUGUGAAGCAUCCGAGACAGAACCGUGUUAUUUCUCAGACUUUGGAAAUGCAUUGUAUCGAUGUUAUGUCAAAGGCCAACCUCUGUUCCGUGUAAAUAGUCGCUCCCGUGCCAACAACCCUAGUGCUUUCCUUUUUUAAAAAAAAUGCAAAUCCUAUGUGAUUUUAACUCUGUCUUCACCUGAUUCAACUAAAAAAAAGAAGUAUUAUUUUCCAAAAGUGGCCUCUUUGUCUAAAACAAUAAAAUUUUUUUUCAUGUUUUAACAAAAACCGA